AUGCCUAUUCAACUUUAUGAUCUUCGACUACGUAACUUUGAAUGGCUUUUACAUGUUAUUCAAUAUGCAUCCGACGAAUUAAGAAAAGAUGCAUUGAACACUGUUCGACAUGCUAGAUUUACUCUUCCUAGUUGUCAUCAUGGUUCAAAUGAAUCAAUUCGUAUUGGUGAACAACUUGUGCCGUUUCUUAGUACUUAUAUGCCGCAUUUACAAACGUUGCAUCUUUCGCGACCAGAUGAUUUUCCAUGGACAUCUAUUCGUCCAGAUUUUCAUUCAAAUUGUCUCGGAGUUUUGGUUCCAAGAUGGUAUGAGUCUCUUCUAACACCUGAAUCGAUCUGUCGACAUACAAAAAUUUUUAAACAAGAUCUAUGCCAAUUAGUUGAACAAAUGAAAGAAUUUGUUUUUCUCAAUAUUUGUGGUAAAAUUCAUAAAGAAAAAAUCAAACCUUAUCAUGCAAUGGUCAUAGGUCGUUUGCCGAAUAGUCGAAGUAACGUUGAAACAACGAGAUUUCGUCUUUGGCUUUGA